AUGGGCAAUAUUGAUCCACAAUUAACAAUAUUCCUGAAUAUGCUGAGCUCGGGACUCUCAGCAGUACUACUAAUCUAUGAGGAAAACUGGCGUAGUAUCAAAGUACUACCAAAGGUAAGAUAUAUGCAACAGAUGGAAAGUAGCAAUCGAUGUAGCUGUUGGUCCAUAAGGAAUCGUUCCAUUUCAAAGUCGCUACAGAGAUUUAUUUCAAAAAUAGAAGAAGUAUUGAAUGACUGGAAACUUAUUGGGAUUUCUUCAGGCAAACCUCUAGAAAAGGGUGUAUAUACCACAGGAACAUGGGAAGAAAAAUCAGAUGAAAUUUCAUUUGCAGACUUCAGAUUCUCAAUUACCCAUCAUUAUCUUGUACAAGAACCCAGUGACAAAGAUGAGAAAGAAGAGCUCGUAGAAGAUGCCCUUCCUCUGCCUAUGCAGGACUUGCUGUGCAUGAAAAAUGACUUUCCUCCUAGGGCUCACUGUCUGGUAAGAUGGUAUGGCUUACGUGAGUUUGUGGUCAUUGCUCCGGCUGCAAAUAAUGAUGCAGUUCUGAGUGAAUCCAAAUGUAACCUUUUGCUGAGUUCCAUUUCCAUUGCAUUGGGGAACACUGGCUGUCAGGUACCACUGUUUGUGCAAAUACAUCAUAAAUGGCGACGAAUGUAUGUUGGAGAAUGUCAGGGUCCAGGAGUUCGAACUGACUUCGAAAUGGUUCAUCUUCGCAAAGUGCCAAACCAGUAUAUUCAUUUAUCAGGAUUGCUAGAUAUCUUCAAAUCCAAGAUUGGAUGCCCUUUGACACCACUGCCUCCGGUUAGUAUGGCUAUUCGGCUUACCUAUGUGCUUCAAGACUGGCAGCAGUAUUUCUGGCCGCAGCAGCCACCAGAUAUAGAUGCUCUAGUUGGGGGAGAAGUUGGAGGCCUGGAGUUUGGGAAGUUACCGUUUGGUGCCUGUGAGGAUCCUAUUAGUGAGCUUCAUUUAGCUACUACGUGGCCUCACCUAACCGAAGGUAUAAUUGUCGACAAUGAUGUUUAUUCUGACCUGGAUCCUAUUCAAGCACCCCAGUGGUCCGUGAGAGUCAGAAAAGCAGAUAACCCUCAGUGUCUACUGGGUGACUUUCUUACCGAAUUCUUCAAGCUUUGCCGUCGAAAGGAGUCGACUGAUGAGAUACUUGGACGGUCAGCAUUUGAAGAGGAAGGGAAAGAGGUUGCUGAUAUUACCCAUGCUUUGUCGAAGCUCACAGAGCCAGCACCAGUCCCAAUCCAUAAAUUAUCGGUCACAAAUAUGGUUCACAGUGCAAAGAAAAAAAUUCGCAAACACAGAGGUGUAGAUGAAUCACCUUUAAACAAUGAAGUUCUGAACACUAUUCUUCUGUUCUUAUUUCCUGAUGCUGUUGCCAAAAAGAUUAUGAAAGAGAUUAAUCUCUUCAGUCAGUUUAAAUCUGCUCCUUCUGAUAGUCUGACGUACAAACUAGCUUUAUGUCUGUGUAUGAUAAACUUCUACCAUGGAGGAGUAAAAGGAGUGGCACAUCUUUGGCAAGAAUUUGUGUUAGAAAUGCGCUACAGGUGGGAGAACAACUACCUUAUUCCAGGAUUAGCUAAUGGCCCUCCAGAUCUGAGAUGCUGUUUACUGCAUCAGAAACUUCAGAUGUUAAAUUGUUGCAUAGAAAGAAAGAAAGCAAGAGAUGAGGGAAAAAAGGGGAGCGUGUCUGAUCGUUCACCUGGUGGUACUUCUGGUGAUGCCGGGAAAGGAGCAGACCACUCUGGAGAUAACCCUGAUAAGGAAAAAGAAGUUGGCAAGUCUUGGGAGUCGUGGAGUGACAGUGAAGAGGAAUUUUUUGAAUGUUUAAGUGACACAGAAGAUCUUAAAGGAAAUGGGCAGGAAAAUGGAAAGAAAGGAGGAGCAAAAGAGGGCAACAGAGAGGCUGUAAACUUAAAACCAGAAGGUCGUCUGCAUCCGCACGGAAAGCUGACGCUGCUGCAUCCCGGAGAGCCUCUCUACAUUCCAAUAACACAGGAACCAGCACCCAUGACUGAAGAUCUGCUGGAAGAACAGUCUGAGGUACUGGCAAAACUAGGGACAUCAGCAGAAGGUGCUCAUCUUCGGGCACGCAUGCAGAGUGCCUGCUUGCUCUCGGAUAUGGAGUCCUUUAAGGCAGCUAAUCCUGGCUGUUGUCUGGAGGAUUUUGUGAGGUGGUACUCCCCACGGGAUUACAUCGAAGAGGAAGUGGUUGAUGAAAAGGGGAAUAUAGUAAUUAAGGGCGAGCUGAGUGCCCGAAUGAAGAUUCCUAGCAACAUGUGGGUGGAGGCCUGGGAGACAGCAAAACCAGUCCCGGCCCGGAGGCAGAAGAGACUCUUUGAUGACACUAGAGAGGCAGAGAAGGUGCUUCAUUACCUUGCCGUUCAGAAACCAGCUGACCUUGCAAGGCAUCUCUUGCCUUGCAUCAUCCAUGCGGCUGUACUCAAGGUAAAGGAAGAAGAAGCACUAGAAGAUAUAUCUUCAGUUAAGAAGAUUAUUAAGCAGAUAAUAUCCCAUUCCAGUAAAGUUCUACGAUUCCCCAACCCAGAGGACAAGAAGUUGGAAGAAAUCAUUGCUCAGAUUAUGAGUGUGGAAGCUAUCAUCGCCAGAGCCAGGUCUCUGAAAGCAAAAUUUGGGGUAGAGAAAUGUGAAAAUGAGGAGGAGAAAGACGAUCUACAAAGAUUUGUAAACUGUCUCCUGGAGCAGCCAGAAGUGUCAGUUAUUGGCGCCGGAAGAGGACCUGCUGGUAGCAUUAUUCACAAGCUGUUCGUGAAUGCUCAGAGGCUGACUGAAUCUUCUGACGAGGUUUCUGCGGUGCCGCCACUUGAUGAAGAAUUGAGGAGAUCGGGUCCAUCAGAGGAGCGAAGGCUGAACGCGGGGGCCGUUGCGGAUUUCCCCCCGCCCACGGGCCGCGAGGUGAUCUUGCGCACAACUGUCCCCCGCCCCGCUCCCUACUCCAAGCCGUUGCCCCAGCGCAUGUACAGCGUGCUGACGAAGGAGGAUUUUCGACUCGCGGGUGCCUUUUCAGCAGACACGACGUUCUUCUGA